AUGCUUACAGCAGGCACAAUUGUUACGCCAAUUAGUGACCAUCAGUCUUCACAGCUUGUCUUCGGAAUUGCGGUUCUCGGACUCUCAGUAACCCUCGCCAAACAUCAGGUAAUCGGUAGCCCCCCGACAGAGACCUCGUUCAGCAGCUUCGUAGGGGCUUUCGGCAUUAUUGUCUCCGUGCUUGGGCUUGCCUCUCUAUGGAUUGACAGGAUUCCGGUCUUUGUCGUGAUGAGUGCUGAUGCUCUCUUAUCAAUAUUCUACCUUGCUGGUGGCAUUGCCCUGGCGAUCGCACUCAAAGGAGUUGGCAGUUGUACCGAUAAUAGCAGCGUGUCCAUCGCUCAACGCUUCACGAAUAGUAUCCUUAAUGGCGGCUGCACCGAUCACGGUUGUUACGUUGGAGGAGGUGACGGUGAUUAUUCUCAACUUACUUCUAGAUGUCAGCGUGCUCAGGCAGAUUAUGUAAUUGAGUUCAUUGGUUUUGUUGUUGCGCUGAUUGGCCUUGCUCUUGCUUGGCUUGUUCACAAACAAGGAGGUGGUUCUUCACGUUCAUACGUUUGA